AUUUCAGAUCAGCCUCAAGCAUCUCCAUCAGGAAGGCUUUCUCCAAUAGAGGUGAAAGUAGAUGAUGAGUCGCCAGCUCCAUCGGCUCCUACAAACUCCCUGUUAUCUGUGAAUCGACCCGAUUUUUGCGGUGACUUUUCUAUGCAACAGGAAGCUCAUAUCAUGCUGCGAGUCCGGGAUUUGAAACGAAAUGGGUUAUGGAGUGCUGCUCGUCUUCCAUUAUGUGUUGAACCACCCCGGAAUAAAACACAUUGGGAUUUCGUUCUCGAAGAGGUUAAAUGGAUGGCUACAGAUUUUCGAUUGGAAAGGAACUUCAAACGCACAGUUGCUCGAAAGAUCGCUGCAGCUAUUCAGAAGAAGAGACGAGAUGACGAACUUGAACAGGAGCGGGCUCAACAAAGAGCUAUAAGGGACGGCAAAAGAAUCUGCGCAUCGAUUGCGAAAAUGGUUCGCGAGUUUUGGAUGACCGUGGACAAGGUCGUUGAACACCGAGCACAGGAAAUUCUGGAGUCAAAGAAACGAAAGGCAUUGGAUGCUCACAUGGCGUUCAUCGUAGGAGAAGCGGAUAAGCUGAGCUCUAUAGUACAAGAGGGAUUGACGCAGGAUAGGGCCUCUAAAACGCCAUCUGUCAACUCUCGUGAUGAGGAUAAUGAUGACGAUUUCUGUGCGAGUGAGUCUGAAUCAGAUGAUGAAGUAACUAUUGAGCGGGAGGAGGCAGCUAUGCAAGAGCAUGACAUUGAAGAUGUCAAACAGGAGAUUUCAGCUCUAAGCAGAGAUGCUGAUCAGGAUAUGGACGACUUCUUAGCC